CAGGGGUGCAGGUCUCGCGUUGACGGAUUUAGCAAGGGGAGGGAAGAGCGAGGAGACCGAAGAAGAGAAAUAGAGAGGGAAGGAGGGAAGAACGAGUCGAGAUCGGAAAAACAUCGCAUUUCCGGGGCCGGAUUCCUAUUGCUCCGGCCUUCUUGGUUUCUCGAUUCGCCCUUCUCGCGGUGGCGGUGGCGGUGGCGUUUGAGUUCCUUCCAUGGCGUAUCAAAGAAGGCAGCUAGGGCACAGGGCCUCGAGCUUUAGGGGAGAGGUUGGGGGUCCUGAUAUCCGUCGUGCGCCUUAUCCUCAUCUGCCAUACGAGAGCUCGUCGUCAUCUUCCGCGUCUUCGCUCGCCGCCAAAGCCAUCAGAGCAUCUUCCGCCUACCGCGACGCUUCUCUCUCCUCCGCUUACGGCCAUUCCACUCUCUCCCCUUCCCGAGACCCCAGCCAUGCCCCAUUUUCUCGUUCCGGACCUUCCCCCUUACCAAAGGACUCUGCCACCCAUGAGUAUAAUUCAAUGAAAACUUUGGAUGAGCAAAAACAUGGAUUUUGGGGCACUUUGGCAAGAAAAACUAAAGCCAUUAUUGAAGAUGAUAAUGCAGCCCCACAAUUUGAAACACUUGUAAGAACAAGAUUCCAAAUGCCUAAUGCUCCAACAAGGGGUCAGGAGGGUCUUAAUAUUGUGGAGAACCGGACUGCAGACAUCAUUCAAGAAACUUGGAAGCUGCAAAUAAGGAAACAAGGGAGUUCCUCUGAGAGACAGAAGCAGAUGUUGAAUAUUGGUGUGCGGCAACGGCCUCCAAUGCAGACUCAGAUGCAUGCUGAUCUGGAAAUUCAACUGAAGGCAUCUCGCGACGUUGCCAUGGCUAUGGCUGCAAAGGCAAAGCUGCUACUUCGUGAGCUGAAGACAGUCAAAGCAGACCUAGCUUUUGCAAAGGAGCGUUGUGCUCAGUUGGAAGAAGAAAAUAGAAUUCUAAGAGAGUCUCUUGAAAAGGGAGAUAAUCCGGAAGAUGAUGAUUUGAUUCGGCUUCAGCUUGAGACACUACUGGCAGAGAAGGCUCGGUUGGCACAGGAAAACUCAGUCUUUGCAAGGGAGAACCGCUUUUUAAGGGAAAUUGUUGAAUACCACCAGCUAACCAUGCAGGAUGUUGUGUACUUGGAUGAGGGCAGCGAAGAGGUCACUGAAAUUUAUCCCAUCAAGGUAUCUCCAUUGAAUAAAAUGCAUUCUGCAGGUGCAACACAAGAUUACUUCUCAGUCUCAUUCCCAACCCCUGAGGUUCAACAUACUUUAAGCCAUGAUGUUUCUUCCCUCCCUAUAACAUCACGUCCACAAUUAAGCCAGGACGUCCUCUCUAUACCAUCACAAGAACGGUUGGAAAUUUCCCCAAGUUUGACCCCCUUAAGUUCCUUUAUCCACAUCCCAGAGGAGGAACCACUGAAAAUAUCACCCCAUCUUUCAUGAAGAUGCUGCUCCUUUCCCAAUUUCAAACGAAGGUUUGAAUUUGUAUCAAUAUGAUUUUCCUUUUUGAUAGCUUGUCAGCUGUUGCAAUUUUGUCCGUGGCUUGGCCAAAAUAUAAAUUUUUUGCUUCUUUGAUUUUCUAAUUCCAGUGUCAUUGCCACAAAAAGGUAAUAGAACUUUUUUCAAGUCACUCAUGGGAACUUAUUUUGUGCAGCCCUAUGAAGUAAUUUCUUUCUUUUGUGGCAAGGCUUCGCAGCUAAUAGAUUGCAUUUCUAGCAUGAACAUGCACACAUGCUUACUUAUGCAAAGAAUACAAAAGCUUGUUAAGCCAUUCCUAUUAGCAGCGAAGCCUUUCAUUGUUCCUAACACGUUUAUGAGUACAGCCUGAGUCGACCUGCCUUUAUCGCUACUGGUAUGUAGGUCUAUCUUAGUACGUCCAAGGUGCUUUUUAGUAGCAAGUCAUGGGUUGAAAGGUCAUCUGAGAACAUAGUACUGUAGACAUUGAGUAUGCAAUUAGGUUUGGCAAUGGAUUGGAAUUAUCUAUAUAGAAAUACACGGACUAAUACCAUUUGAAGCAUUUUGGUUUUUGAUUUAUUGACAGGGAUGAAUUUUCUUGUAGGCCUUUUCAAGUUGAUCUUUUGAUUGACUACUAUUCAGAAUUACAUCAGUGGCUGUAUUCUUUUUUUUUUUUGUCUGAGAGCGGCUGUACUUCUAUUUAGUUUAGAUUUUCCUUUUUUUUUUUUUUUUCAGUUUUUCCUCCAAUGGUACUAGAUUAUAUGAGCAUGGUACCUUAUUAUGUAAAGUAACUUGCCUGGAAGUGGAUAAAAAGUUUUGUCCAAACUAUUAGAAUGUAGUUAUCAGAAAAGUGUUCUUUCAAGAUUUCCCCAAGUGUUGCUUCUGUGAAUUUUUUCCGAUUUUUGUAUUAAGUCUUCUGACAUUCUCUUUGAAAACAUUGUACUGGAAUAUCUCAAAAGAUCAAUGUUAUCUUUGUUCUCCAUUCUAGCCUCCAAUAUCCUGCAGU